AUGGGGACCCAGCGUGCCUCGGCCUCGCAUGUCCACUACAAGGCGGCUCCCCGGGCUGCCUAUGUGCGCCCGAAGACUGUUGCCAGGCGUCCGCAGCCUGUCUCCGUGUCCGUGGGCGCGACGCUGUCCGUGGCGCCGCCGGUCGCGCCCCAUCAGGCGACGUCCGCAAGCGCGCAGCAGCAGCAACAGCAGCAGCAGCUGGCCUCCCUCGAGGCGCUGCUCACCGCUACAGGCACGGACAGUGUGAUCGCGCAACCCGCGCAGCAGCGACCGCUCCACCGGGCGGAGAGGUUUGAGGACACGUAUGCCAUUGGAGAGGUCCUCGGCAACGGCACCUAUG